AUAGUCGAGUCCAUAUAGUUGAUGUUUCUGCAUUGACAUCAAAGCGAAAAUGAGUAGAUCACGUGACUUUUCAGUGUGAUAAUAUAGUUGGUCGAGGCGCGCAAAGCAUGCUAGUGAAACAUCCUCCUUUACAUGACACCACAGAAACCUAGCUUGGGCUACCUGUGGCCUUUGCUAUCCCAAAAUCCAACGGAGCCAUGUUUUCAAAUCAUACCAUGAUAAAAUGACAGAAGUUAUUGAAGAGAAAAACAAAAUAUUUGUCAAAAAUAUACCUUUAGGAACCACAAAGGAAGACAUUGUCAGGUUGUUUAGCAACAUUGGUGGUGUAUGUGAUAUUGUAUUACCUAAACCCAAGUCUGGCUAUGCCACUACUUAUGGGUUUGUAACAUUUAUGGAUGAAAAAGAUGUCUCAAAAGCUAUUUCACAGUACAACAAUUUUGAWCUCUGCAACAGUGAAGGCAAAAGAAGUGUAUUAGCUAUUGUACAAGCAUAUCAAAAAGUUUCAAAGCUAUCAUCAAAACAUGCAGCAUCAUCCUCUUUGUGGUCACUUGACAGCCAUGAUUCUGAAAAGGCUUCAGUAGAGAGCAAUGAAAGCUCAGAGUCAAAAACUUCAGAAAUGGAACAGGAAUGGGCCAAGGAAAGAAUUACCUUAUUACAGAUUAUAGAUGAAAAUGAUAAGAAAAUUAAAGAACUCGAAAAGAAAAAUUCUGAAGAAAAUGAAGAUGAGUUACUUAAUGAGAAGGAAAAGGAGGUAUUGGAAGAACUGGAAAGAUUACCUAAAAAGAUUGAAACCUUAAAAGACGAAAUAGAAGUUCUUAAGCUGAAAGUCAAACUGAAGGAACUCGAAAAAGAACAGCACCAGAUACUAGGCCAAUGAUCCAAGACUUCAAAUACCACGGCAAAUGCUGCAGUAGCGUCAGGGAAGGAAGAAUAAAGAAUUCRCAGCAAGAGUUUCAAUGGUUUUUAGACACUUUUGUUGUCAUGUUAUAGUUGGUUAUUAUAGGUAAACAAAGAGAGUAAAUUAUCUACCAGUG